GCGCACUUAUCGCAUUUUAAUACAGGGGCAGCAUACAUUUUGAACACAAUGUGGAUAUUUUGUGCAUUUCUGGUCCACGUACUGCUCCUGGGCUCGAUACUUGUCAACUUUCGAUCGACAGUCAUCCAGGACCUGCAGCCACAGCCACCACUUCUCGCUUACGCCUUGGAUGCUCCGGCGAGUCGUUUGGUUAUCUUUGCUACUGAUGGACUGCGCGCCGCUUCGUUUUUUGAAGAUAACUGCCACCAUGUACCCCACUUGCGGGAGAUAUUCAUGCGCGAAGGAUUGGUGGGAAUAUCGCGCACCCGAACCCCCACCGAGUCUCGACCGGGCCACAUAGCUUUGCUGGCGGGCUUCUACGAGGAUCCAUCGGCAGUUUUCACGGGCUGGAAAAGGAAUCCGGUUCAGUUUGACUCUCUUCUCAACCACAGUGGGUACAGCUUUUCCUGGGGAUGUCCGGACAUAAUGGGCGUAUUCGAGAGCGUGACCAAGCGCGGAGGCGGCGUGCUCUUCCAUUCCUUCGAUGACAAAGUAUACGAAUCGGCCAGAUGGGCAACCUACAGACUGGACGAAUGGGUGUUUAGCCAAGUAAGCGUCUUCCUUGAUCACAUGAAAAACAAGUGGAGCACCUCUAGUCCGGUAGUGUUCUUCUUGCACUUGCCAAGCACCGACAGGGCCGGACAUGUCCACAAACCAGCAACAUCCCUUUUCCACAAUAGCCUCAACAUUACGGAUCAUGGCAUAUGGGAGAUGUACCAACAAUUCGAGGAAACCUUCCCCGAUAAACAAACUGUUUACUUGCUGACCUCCGACCACGGCAUGACAGACACAGGCAUCCAUGGAUCUGGCACACAACAUGAAACCGAAACACCCUUCAUGCUCUGGGGCGCUGGAGUUUCCCGUACCGCAUCCACUGUGGGCACCCGCAAGUUUGUAGCCAACGAUGAGGGCGUGCAGCUGCCGUUGCAUGAGCUGGAGCAAGCACAGCUGACGCCACUGAUGUCCGCGCUAAUUGGCCUUCCUCCACCGAUGAACAAUUUUGGGAUACUGCCUACCGGGUACAUGGCUGUGAGUGAGGAGUACGAGGCCAUGGCUGCCCACAGCAAUGCGCUCCAGUUGCUGGCUCAAUACGAAAAGCUGCUGGAGCAGCACAGGAAAGGCCUCUUUGCUGACAUUUUGAACAACUUCGAUGAGCUGUCGCAGGCAGAAAUCGAUGCCUAUAAGCAGCUGAUAGUCAAACUUCACUCGAAGAGGGCCUAUGCGAAAUCAUUGACCAGGAGCAAUGUCGUGAUGGAGCUAACACUAAAGGGAAUAGACUACUAUCACGGCUACUAUCGGAAUUGCUUGCUGCUAAGCACAACGGCCACAUUCCUCGGUUGGAUAUUCUACCUGUAUCGUCUGUUGUCCAGGAACUCAGCUGGAAAACUUCAGAUAAUGCUGGAGAGGCAAGAAAAGGUGUCCAGAGUGACGUUGGAUGUGUCCAUGUUCUUGUUGCUGUUCUUUCUUGUGGCGCAGCGUACGCCGAUUGCCAUUGCAUUCUAUCUGUUGCUCCCGUUACCUGUGUGGAUGAUGGCAUUGAAGCCCAAAGCGUGCGGAACCUCAUCUGUAGCUGUGCCCAUCAGUCAGCCUGGAGCCUCUGCACUGACUUCCGCGUCGCAACUGCUGCUGAUUAUUGUAUGCGCUGAACUGAUGGUGUUCACCUUCUUCGAGCGUCGCCUGAUCUCCGUGUGUUUCGUUGCCUUUGGAUGCUACAACAAUUGGAGAAACUUUGUGCCUAAUUCCCGGGAAUUCUACUCUUGGCUGGCGCUGGUCGUCAUCCUGGCAUGUUUCCCCUUUCUGCCACUGGCAGAGGGCUAUCAGAAUUGGUAUCUAUUUCUAGCUGGGGUGGUGCUAGUUCUUCUUAAAGAAUUUUGGUUCAAGAAGCGACGCUCCAGCUACAGCUAUCACACCAAAUACUGCAAUGCUGUGAUCCUGUUGAAUACCGUCAUCUGUGCGUAUCUUGACUCGGAGGACUACGACAUACCCAUUGUGCUAUACGUAGCCAACUGGUCUUUCCUGAUAUAUGCCUUUGUAUCUAUUAUGAGGAACAAGGAGUCCAAUCUGGAGGAUCGUCUGGCUCAGAUAUGCUUCAAUCUGGGAUCGCUCCAUGCUCUGCUUUCCACAUCAUACGAGUCCGUCUUCGUGCAGCUGCUCACCAUGGAACUGAGCCUAUCUCUUACCGCUUUGAAUGUGAACUCGCGCCAAUCUGUUCUAUGCGCCUCCUUCAGCAUUCUCCUCUACACAUUAUUCUCAUUCUUUGGCAUGGAAACCCUCAAAUCCCUCGAUCUGUUUGAUUCCAACAGUGGACGCUGCUUCAUCGGGAAAUAUGCACCAUUCGUAACCAUGGGUCUCGUUCUGCUGAAGCACUCUCUGCCGGUUGUAGUGAACUUGUCAAUUUUACAUACUCACUGCGAGUAUGUCCGUAAGAGGGAGAGGAAAAUCCUAAUCUGCAUGCUUAUCAUUUGCAACAUAAUGGGACUGAACUUCCUCUACUUGGUGCGCAAUCAGGGUUCCUGGGCGGAAAUGGGAGCUUCCAUAAUUCAUUUCAACGUCGUGGGGCUUCUUCCGGUGGUGCAUCUGCUAAGUUGGGCUGCACAGCUGCUGCUGGGUCUGAUUGCAAUUGUCCUGAAAUUCCAAUAGCGCGAAAUCUCACAACCACAAUCC